UACUGUUCAAUCUUUGUUACAGAACAUCAAGAAUCAUAAGAACCGUUAACGGAGGAUUUUAAAAUUAAUUCUACCCAGUAUCGUUUCAAACUACUUUACUACACAAAAUGACAGAAAAAGCAUACACGUCUUUAGAAGACCAGUAUCAAACCGUUAAUGUGAGAAGAACCAGAGAAGAAAUUACUACAACCAGUACUGUCGAAGAAAUUCUCAAGAAAAUUGUACCAGCUAAAAGUUUUCUGUACAGAAACCAGGAUAAGAAAAAUGAUAGAAUAUUCAGUUCUUAUUUACCAAUGGACUCUGGUACCCCAAAAAAGCCUAGAAGAUUCUUCAGAAUGAGUUCAUACGAGUAUCCAAUGUUCUCAUCAAAAGAAACUAAAACAGAAAAUCACAACGACAGAGGAUAUUAUUCAGUAAAAACUAACAGCAGAUACUAUAUUCAGAAAACUUUCAAAAUACCAGAAGCUAAAACUAAAUACAAAUCAGUAACAACUCCUGAAGAAGUGAGUGAAUCUAUUGUAGAAGAUCAUUUGUACGAAGAUUUGUGUUACACUGACGUAGAAAAAGAAAAAGCCGAAGAAGCGAAAAGAGAUCAAACUCAGAAACCUUAUAAAGUUAUGAUUCAAGAGCUAUUCCAAUCGUUCAAACUGCCAUUCUUUAAGAAGAAUGAAGAGGCAGACGUUAAGGAAGAUGCUAAGGAAGUAGUUGUCGAUGAACAAAAGAAGGAAACUGAUGGUAAUUUCUACGAGAAUGGCGAAGUGGAAGUGGUUGCAAAUAUGUACGAUUCUGUACACGCUGUUCGGCCGGUAGAAGGUGCGGCAAAAGAUCGGGUGCAGAUGCCAGUGGAAGACUACCUGGAGCCCAUCCAGGUGGAAAGGGACCACCAGUACUGCGACGUGGCGCUGAAAGAGGACUCCCUGCUUCAGUACAUCAUGAACCUUUUCGAGAACUUCGGGAUGCGGCGAGAAACGAACGAAGAGACCUCCGAAGACCUGGAACCUCGUAAGCCUGAAGAACCACCAGCAGAAUGGACCAACAACAUGGCCGGCCGCCCGCUGCCCGUGCCAGUCGAAAAUGAGCCUUACUACAUGCAGGUUUCUAGAAGUGAGGCUGAAGAUCUGUUGAGAGGGGAACCUGAUGGGGUGUUUCUGCUGAGGCCGUCAAGCCAGCCAAACCAUGCGUACACACUAUCCGUAUCCUGCGCCGGCGGCGUCCAUAACGUAGGCGUGCGCAAACGCAGCGACGGGCGACUUGCGCUCGGCUACCCGCGCCGCGGUGAACGCGGCUUUACAAGCAUAGCGUCUUUGCUCCGGCAUCAUAAACGGCGAAGAUUACUUCUUGUGGCCGGCGGCGGAGUGGUGGGCGCAACCACCCUCAACGAGCCCCCGCGAUACUACCAGACUCCAUCCAGCAUACCUGUGCCUGUACGCACACAAUGAUCAUGAGUAUCAGGCAAUGGAAGAAUUGUAUAACUAUAAUUAUAUUAAGUA